ACCCGGCCGGAAGCGAGCGGGGAAUUCGCCCGAUCCGGUUCCAUCGUGAGGCGACUUUCCCGAUCGUGGAAGACGGAACUGGGCACUUCGGAUCAUCGCUGUUGUCGCGGCGAAAGUACGGCUCCCUUUGUUCGAACAAGAAACUCGCACGGUGUUCCAUUGUUGCACUCGAGCGCUCGCGAGCGCAACGGAAAACGUCGCCGCGAGACCGACGACCUUCUCGCCGCCAGACGUGACAACUCGAAGCGGCCGUAAUCCCAACGAUCUUUUCCGCGGUUUUACUCGGCGACCUCUCCCGCAUUCCCUUCCGUUUCGCGUGCAGCCCGCGGAAUUGGUGUUACGGUCGAACGGCCUCGCGCGGAGGAAGAAACGCUGUUGAACGACGCGCUGCCGGUUGGGACUUGGAGUUCGCAUUGACGGGGGAUCGACGGCAGCGGCUCCGCAUCAAGAUGGGAUCGAAGAUCGAGUACGUCGAAUCCUCGCACAUGUACGCGACCAAUUACAUCCGCAACUCCAAGGCGAUUGGCGUGCUGUGGGGUAUCUUCACCAUAUGCUACGCGAUCAUCGGUGUCGUCGCGUUCGUUACACCGGAGUGGCUCGGUGACCUGGAGCACGAGAAUCCUGGGAGAUUCGGUUUGUGGACGAGAUGCAGCUAUGGCGGCAAUGGUGAGCUAGGUGAGGAAUGCAUCGGCCGAUUGGAUGAUCUAUCGUCGAUCGCCAAUGUUCCCUUCCGUGCCAGCACGAUUCUAGUCGGCAUCGCGGUGAUAAUCGCGCUGCUGGCAAUAUGCGCGAUGCUGAUGUUCUUUUUCUGCCAGAGCACCACCGUUUUCUACAUGUGCGCUUGGAUGCAAGUAGUCUCAGCAAUCUGCAUGGCGAUCGGAGUAUGCAUUUAUCCUCUCGGCUGGGAUUCACCGGUAAUUCGCGCCGUUUGUGGCGCAACUGCAUCUAGAUACAAUCCUGGCGCUUGUGCCGUGAGAUGGGCGAUACCACUAGCUGCAAUUGCGGCUCUGGACGCAGCCACCUUGUCCGCUCUCGCCUUCAUCUUGGCCUCGAGACAUGUAAGGUUGCAACCGGAACCAUUUAACAACGGGUCCUUAUACAAAGGGGAAGUAAAUCCUGGCUAUGUCAAUGAGGCGCAGAGCGUAGCUGGUUCCCGCAAAUCCCUAUCCCUGCGACCGGUCCUUCUGGUAGCUCCUCCUGAACAGGACCGCUACAGCGAACUCUCGAGAGCGAAGUCACAUUCGCAUCACAGUUUGUACACACCGGCACCGUCGCAUCCGGUGCACACCAUAUCCACCAACACCCUUAAUCACUCUCAACACAAUUUCCAGCUUUAAGAGACACCGUUGCGAUACGGAGAUUGAACAGGCUUGUACAUAGACGGCAUGUCGGGAUGUCGGGAGAAGUGAGUUUGUAUAUAUCGAGAAACGGCAGAAUAGCAUGGUAAAUGAAAUCUGCGUCGUGUCUUCGAGUGUAAUUGCGAAUUGUGUGUAUUGUUAAGUUUUACCAGGAAAUGGAAUCUCUGUUAAUACAAUGACGGAUCUACAUAUAUUUAAUACAUAUAUUUAAGAUAAUAAUAUAAAUUGUUUACUCAGUGACUGAGCGCCCGUGCCGUGAAAUAUCUCUGAUUAUAUAUAAAGAGAAUAAUUACAUGUUUUUUUGACAUUUCAACCAAACACAUUGUAUAUCUAUGUGUAUAUGUAUCUUUAACGUUUCUCAGUGACACGUUGCGAAUGGGAGCUGUCUUCCUUAGACAAUAAUAUAUGCAAGUAUAUACAGAUAAUUAAAAAUUUUAUAUGAAACUCAUAGUUAAUUAAACAUCAACUGACAUUGUUUAAUUAUAUCGAUAUUUUUAUAUCGAUAAGAUUUCUUUUUUAAGAUAACGGAGUUAUUUUUUAUUUAAAUCGUACUCUGAGAGUCUCAUCUAUAUUUGUGUUUACAUUGUCAUGUACGUUAUGUAUAUGUAAUUAAAGUUUGGUCAUAAAUAGUUAAAUAUUUUCAAGGAUUGUAUAUUAGAUUCUCUAUAAAUGCGUUGCGUUUUUAUAACAUGAAUGAAAAAUAUGUUAGAUAUUGUAUAGAUACUGCAAUCUGUGCCUUAUUAUUGGAGCAAUAUAUUACUCGUGUUACAUAAUUA